AUGGCUUCCAACGAUGCCAACCAGCCCAAAAGUUCCACUCAGGAGCAGUCCACAGUGAAGACCAUCCUUCUAAUAACUACUGUCUUGAUGAGCAUCUUCCUGGUAGCUCUGGACAGAACAAUCAUCUCCACGGUUCUAAUUCAGUUCUCGCAGGCCAUCCCUCAAAUAACCGAUGAAUUCAAUUCCCUGUCGGAUGUCGGCUGGUAUGGAAGCGCAUAUACAUUGGCAUCAUGUUCUUUCCAGCUGUUACUCGGAAAGAUCUAUGCAUUCUACCCUAUCAAAUCCGUUCUGGUAGCGUGCGUCCUGCUCUUUGAGAUUGGAUCUGCGGUCUGUGGAGCAGCGCCCAGCUCGGCAGCUUUUAUUGCUGGAAGAGCAAUCGCCGGAGUUGGUGCCGCUGGUAUCUUUUCUGGAUCUAUCAUGUGCAUUGUCUAUGCCGUUCCUCUAGAGAAGCGCGCCCAGAUCCAAGGUCUAUUCGGAUCUAUCUUUGGCAUUGCUUCCAUAGUAGGACCGCUGAUUGGCGGUGCAUUCACCUCGAAUGUAACCUGGAGAUGGUGCUUUUAUAUCAACUUGCCGUUCGGCGGCGUGGCAGUGGCUAUUAUAGUCUCUUGCCUUAAGGUACCUGAUCGGGAUUCGACCAAGCUUGCUUGGAAGGAUAAACUUUCACAACUGGAUGCUCUUGGUACUGUGGUCUUGAUAUCUUGUAUGGUGUGUCUUCUGUUGACACUUCAGUGGGGCGGCCAGUCUUAUGCUUGGAACAACGGGCGUAUUAUUGCAUUGUUGACUCUCAUGGGGGCCCUGGCUAUCGGCUUUAUAGCCGUUCAAAUCCUGCUUCCCGAGACAGCAACAAUGCCCCCGCGGAUCUGCAAGCAGCGGAGUAUUGUGGCUGGCUGUUGGGCCACUAUCUGCGUCGGAGCCUCGUCAUACAUCUAUACGUACUUCCUCCCGAUUUGGUUCCAAUCCAUCAACGGUGUCUCUGCCAUGGAGUCCGGCAUCCGCCUCCUCCCACUGAUGCUAGCCAUGGUCCUCGCCUCUAUCGUCGGAGGCCUCGCAACCCAAAAAGCAGGAUACUACACGCCCUUCGCGAUUGGGGGAUCGUGGAUAAUGGCCAUCGGGUCAGGCCUCCUCACAACCCUCCAGGUUGACACCAGCGAGGGCAAAUGGAUCGGAUAUCAGAUCCUUUACGGAUUCGGCAUGGGUCUCUCCUUUCAGGCGCCUAGUCUCGCUGCGCAGACUGUUCUUCCGCCGGCAGAUGUCCCGAUCGGCUCGUCGCUGAUGUUCUUUGGGCAGCUCCUCGGAGCGACUAUAUUCAUCUCUGUUGGAGAGAACGUGCUGGAUAAUCAGCUGGUUGGUCGGCUUGCGGGUAUGCCGGGGUUUGAUCCGAGUUCUGUCACUUCGGGCGGUGCAACGUCUUUGCUUGAUAUGUUACCGGAGAACUUACGGGGUACGGCUCUUGUGGCUUAUAAUGAGGCGCUGAGGCAGGUUUUUGUGGUUGGGCUGGUCAUGUCGUGUUUGACUAUGCUGGGAACGGCUGGGUUGGAGUGGAAGAGCAUGCUUGCGAAGGCGAAGGAUCAAAGAUCUGACAAUGAGACUGUUGAGGGCACGACGCAGAAGCUGGAUAAGAAGGCCGUGUGAGUGACCUAUGUAUAUGAGACGCC